AUUUCCUGCAGUCGUCCGGCGAACGUUGGCGCACUUGGCGGUUCUCGUCCGACUAGAAAGCGCAGAAGGAAAAUGCUCACCCAGGGAAAAGCUGUGCGGUUCGAGGAGGCAUAUUGAAACGAAACAAAAGCAAAGCGAAGCAAACAGAACCGAACUAAAAGUUGAAGUUUAUCUAGGCAACCUGUGAAAAGUGAGAGAAACAGAGAGAAACAAAAACAAAGAACAGAAACAGAAACAAAAAGUGUCGAACUAGUGAAAAAUUGUGAGAAAUUCUCAGAUAUUCUACCCGAAAAAAGAAAAGUGUGCAAAAUGUUGAAGCUAUUCAAGAAAACCAAAGACAAAAUACCCAAAUCGGAAAUAAUCACCGAGCCAAAAGAGCCGAAAACGCCGCCCGUCUCCAAAUGCGGCAAGCCCUUGCAGCUGGACAACUCGCGCUGGGAGCGCCGGCUGCACAAAGAGCUGAUGUCCCUGAUCAAGGAGCCGCCACCGGGUGUUACCGUCGACACCGAAAGUGUACAGCAAAAUUUAUCUGAAUGGAAAUUAAACAUUAAAGGUUUCGAGGGCACCCUUUACGAGGGCGAGGACUUCCAGUUGCUGUUCAAAUUCAACAAUAAAUAUCCCUUUGAUUCGCCUGAGGUGACCUUCAUCGGCAACAAUAUACCCGUGCAUCCACAUGUCUACAGCAAUGGACACAUCUGCCUGUCCAUUCUGACGGAGGACUGGUCCCCGGCGCUGUCCGUGCAAUCCGUGUGCCUUAGCAUAGCUUCCAUGUUGAGCAGCUGUCGCGAGAAGAAACGGCCUCCAGACAACGCGCUCUACGUCAAGACCUGCAAUAAAAAUCCCAAAAAGACUAAAUGGUGGUACCACGAUGACUCUGUUUAGUUAAAGUUGCAAUUUAUUACUACUGCCGCCUGCUGCUACUGCUGCUGCUGAUGUUGUGUGCGAACAACAAGGAAAAUCCACACAAACACCAAUGCCCACACAGAAAUUCAGCAAAUAUGAGGAAUACAGAAAUAGACACACAGCCAAAUCGAUCCCAGGCAGGGGCAUACCAUGAACGAACCAUCCAGUAACUGAUAGACAAGACACUGAAUUGCUUAAGCUGCAGCUAGCUUUAGGGGAACUAUCACAAGAGGAGAAAUGCGAAAAUCAAAUCAAAUCAACAAUAAGAUAACUAACUAACAGUAGUGAAUGGCAAACAAUCAAUGUGCCGCCGGUCAGGCAUGGCCCCACUCUAAUUCUAGCUAUCUGUAAUCAACGAAAGGCGUGUGCGAAACCCUAUUACUAAAUGUUAACAUUUUAAAUUAGAUUAUUAAGACCAAAUUUACGUCUAAAUUAAAUGUUAUGCUAUCAUCUAA